UUGCUUUAUUCUGUAUCGCAGACGAAAGCACGCGACGCGACGUGAUUCAUUGUACGACAUGAAAUGAUGCUCUGCACGCGUUAGGACAUCUGUACGACAUAGUCUUUUACUUUCCUUUUAUUUCUUAUUUUGCGCUUCAUUGGAGUCGUUUUGUUUGACCGGAUUCGUGUAAAAAUCCAACAACCUGCUGUCACUCAACACACUGAGCAGCUGAAGAAAAGCAGUGAAGAGAACAUACAGGGAUCAUCAGCAAGGCCAUGAAUGAAGGAGUUGGUGGGCGACCCAGAGGGCAGAAGUUUUUCAGUCUGGGUGCAGAUGUAGACAUGAGUCCUGCACCGAAGGCGUUGUAAGUUAUUCUCUCUGGGCAUCGCAGGUUCGUGUCGAAUGGACGUUAAAGAAAACCGCAACCUGGAUAACCUCUCCUCGAAGGAGGGGCUGGGGGAGGGGCAUCACUUAGCCAAUAGAAGCGCACGAGGAAUAAGCAGAAAACGUCCUCUGGAGGAGGGCAACAGAGGUCACGGCCACUCCAAGUUCAGGUCCAAGAAACGCAAGAAAACCCAAGGGCCUGUCUUGCCCAAAAAUGCUCUCAUGCAACUUAAUGAAAUCAAACCGGGCCUACAGUACAAGCUCACGUCUCAGACAGGGCCCGUGCACGCGCCCGUGUUCAUUAUGAUGAUCGAAGUUAACGGACAGUUGUUCGAGGGCUCGGGUCCGACCAAGAAGAAAGCCAAAUUGAAUGCUGCCGAAAAAGCGCUACGCUCUUUUGUUCAGUUUCCUAAUGCGUCUGAAGCUCACCUCGCGAUGGGUCGCACCCUGACGGUCAAUGCGGACUUUACAUCCGACCAGGCGGAUUUUCCAGACAUGCUGUUUAACGGGUUCGAGACUCCGGGACCGACGGACGACCCGUUUUACUUGAGUCUGAGCAGCAAUGGCGCUCUCCACUCCAUAAACAAAUACCCUCUGCCCGUGACUCCUAACAACAACAAAAUGGCACGUCAACCCCUCACACCACCUUUGGCUCUAACAGCACCCCCUACAGGCAGUGGUAAAAACGCAGUAAUGAUCUUAAACGAGCUUCGCCCGGGACUGAAGUACGAAUUCGUGGCGGAGAGCGGCGAAAGCCACGCUAAGAACUUUGUGAUGUCCGUUACCGUGGAUACGCAGAUUUUCCAAGGUUCUGGGAGGAAUAAAAAGCUGGCAAAGGCGAGGGCGGCCCAGGCGGCGUUAUCGGGACUGUUCAACAUGCAACUAGACCAGACGCCAUCUCGGCAGCCGAUCCCAAGAGAUGGACUCCAGCUACACUUGCCUCAGGUGCUUGCGGACGCCGUCUCUCGAUUAGUCGUGGAAAAGUUCCGCGAGCUAACGGACAACUUCACCUCCCCACACGCACGGCGAAAAGUCCUGGCGGGUGUCGUCAUGACAACAGGCACGGAUGUGAAGGAUGCUCAGGUGAUCUGCGUUUCCACGGGAACCAAAUGUAUAAAUGGAGAGUACAUGAGCGAUAGAGGCCUGGCCCUGAACGACUGCCACGCUGAAAUCAUCGCUCGACGAUCCCUCAUCAGAUACCUUUAUAGUCAACUGGAAUAUUUUCUCAGUGACAGACCCGAGGAUCAUGAGAAAUCCAUAUUCAGAUGGUGCAGCGAACACGGCUACCGGCUAAAAGACAACAUUCAGUUUCAUCUGUAUAUCAGCACGUCACCCUGCGGAGACGCCCGGAUCUUCUCACCCCACGAGGCUGGUGCUGAAGACCAAGGUGACCGGCAUCCAAACCGCAAGGCACGCGGACAGCUGCGAACCAAAAUCGAGUCCGGAGAGGGAACGAUACCGGUACGCACAAGCAACACUAUUCAGACCUGGGAUGGAGUCUUGCAGGGAGAGAGAUUGCUAACCAUGUCGUGCAGCGACAAGAUCGCCAGAUGGAACGUGAUUGGAGUACAGGGGUCGCUUUUGAGCUAUUUCACCGAACCCAUCUACUUCUCUAGUUUAAUCCUGGGAAGCCUGUACCAUGCUGACCACCUGUCCAGAGCCAUGUACCAGCGUAUCACUGACAUAGAUGACCUGCCCCAGCCUUUCAACAUUAACAGACCCCUGCUCAGUGGCAUCAGUAACACAGAAGCACGGCAGCCUGGUAAAGCUCCGAACUUCAGUGCCAAUUGGACAGUUGGUGAUCAGGGAUUGGAGAUCAUUAACGCCACCACAGGGAAAGAUGACCUGGGACGCCCCUCACAUCUCUGUAAACACACCCUGUACAGCCGCUGGAUCUCUCUGCAUGCCAAGCUUAACAAGACUCUAAGGAUCCCAGGAUUUCAGCCCAGCACGUAUCACGACGCAAAGCAAGCGGCCUCGGACUACCACAUGGCCAAACAAACUCUCUUUAAAGCUUUCUACAAAGCAGGACUGGGUGCAUGGGUGGAAAAACCCAUCGAACAAGACCAGUUCGCCCUUAACCCUUAAGUUGAACCAAGAGAGAAAAUGUGAUCUUUUUGGUUGGAGAUACGUUGAACAUUUUACCCUUUAUUAUUAUUACAAACUUUUAUCUGUUCAUAACAUGUAUGAUGGGUCCAGAAUGACCUAAACACUUGUUUGGGUUAAACUAACCCAGCAAGGUGAGUUGCAUGAUUUUAUUUUGACUAGUAUGCUGGCUUAGUUUUACUUAAAAACAAAAUGGUUAUUUCAUUUUUUUACAGCAAUUUGUAAAAUGUUAUUUAUUAUAUACAGUAUAGAGCAAACAGUAUAUACUGUAUAAUACGCUCCAAUAUUUCAUGAUAGAAAUCAUGCAUCAUAACUGACUCAAGCACAUCAACCAGCACAUAGGUUACACAUAAAAAAAUAAUAAUAACCCAGCAUUUUUUUUA